AUGGAGGACCUGCGCGAUUUAGGUGUUCCUUAUCCCGUGGCUCGCUUUAUAUAUAAUUCCACUGCAUGCAAAAAUAUAUAUUUCAAAAUUAAUGGUGAGGUUAUUGGACCCAGAACCAGCACUGUAGGUCUGCCCCAAGGCAGCAUCCUUAGCCUUAUUUCAUAUUCUGUUUAUACUAGGAAACUUAUUCCACUUAUACCCAACGACUGCGGUUCAAAAUCAGAAUCUGACAACUCCGCGGGCUGUGCAUAUAUCUGCCCGUCAGCAAACUUCUCGCGUUCAUGGAAAAUCUUCAGUCAUGCCUCUAUUUUUUCUAUCGAAGCUAUAGCUAUUCUUUACACCUUGGACUACAUCCUGCAGAGCAGCUUUUCAAAGUCGGUUAUUUUUACUGACUCGUUAAGUGUUCUCCAGAGUGUGGCUUCACCGUGUCCUAACACCAUUAAGUCUAGCUUGAUCUUUCUUAUCAGAAACCGUCUUGCAGUCCUUGCUAAAUUUAAUCUUACUGUUAAACUAGAAUGGAUCCCUGGCCACAAGGGAAUAUCCGGUAAUGAGCGGGCAGAUGCGGCUGCUAAACCAGCAGCUACAAACGCCAAUCUUCUAAAUAUUCCCCUUCCUCACUCGGAUUUCUAUCACUCUGCCGUCAAGGAUCUCAAUGACAGCUGUCAUGCCUGGAUUCUUGCUAUGGGCAAUUCGAAAGGGGUCCACUACACCCAAUGUUUCUAUAAACAACGCAAGAAACCAUGGUUUGCCUCCUUUAACGCGAGAAGAGAAUGGAUUGUAUCCCUCUGUCGCAUGAGAAGUAACCAUUACGCCUUAAAUGCCAGUUUAGCAUGCAAAAAUAUCACAGAUUCCGCUAGCUGCCCGUGUGAUCCCACUGUCGAAGAAGACUUGAACCAUGUCCUUUGGAAUUGCCCCAGAUAA